UCAAUAUGUCGUCUACAUUGUUGCGAUUCUCGGAAAUAGAAACUAAACCCUAUGACGUUCAAGUUGUCCAGUUCUGGCGAGGCGAGGAAGAGCCCCGACGGCCCUAUCCACUCCACUGGGCUAUCUACGUCGAAACCAGUCCUGGCAUCGGAAAUACGUAUCAGAUCGCAGGAGACUCCCAAAGCUACGCCAUCGAUAUCAGACUCGACCAACCUCACGAAAACCCGGAGGACUUGCGUGGAAGUUGUAUAGUAGGAAGCGUGAGCAGGACGGAGCUCGACGCCAUGGAGACACUCCUUACAAGAGUUGUCAUCGUCCGUGAUCUUCCCUACUGGAAUAGCCAUAAUUGGGUGGAGGACGCGCUCGGGUAUCUCAGGCGCUGCUGUUUUUUCAGCAUCGUCGGGGAAAUAAAGUUGUCCGGUCUUCAGGACAACAUGUGUUGGCUGCUGGAGGAUUGGCCUGGGAUUGAGGAUGCGGUAGAAUUUGUCGGCGAUACAAAUCUCGCGUGCGUCCAGAACAACCGACAUUUUCGGGACUCGCACCAAACCUUCUGGAGGUUGCAUGAAAUUUGGCGUUUGAAGUGCGCAGAGUCCGAAAGAGAUAACGAUGAGGAGAGCGACUGUGAAUUAAAUCUGUCUGAUUUGUUCAAUCUAUAGAUGGGCUGCAUAUUUUCAAGUUCGUAACCUUUGAGUACUGAGUUUAUAUAUAGCUGACUUGCAUCGUGCUGUCCAGAUGGCUUUGUAGUGAAAAUGUCGAGGAGGUGUAGGCACAUAUAUAACGCCCCGUGAUUACUUGCAAUUGCUUGAAUUCAAUGAAU